GGCAAAAUGGUUAGCACUAACACGCAGUCAAAUCAGUCUGAGAUGCAGGAAGAAUGCACGAGAAGUCUCAACUCCGAGAAGGCUACUGAAAAAAAACAGUUUCAGUGUCCUGUUUGUGAGAGAGAAUUUCUGCACAAAGAAGAAAGGCCUUAUCAGUGCAGUAUUUGCGCAAAAAGAUUUCGUUCGAUGAAGAGUAUGCGAAGCCACGAAAAAAUCCAUUCGGAGGAAAGAGCUUACCACUGCCUGGUGUGCAAGAAGAAUUUUUCUCGGUCGCAUGAUUUGAAGAUUCAUGUCAGAUGUCAUACAGGAGAAAAGCCUUAUCAGUGCAGUAUAUGUGGAAAGAAAUUUGCAAGACUAUGUGAUAUGGAAAAGCACAAAGGAAAGAACCACGGAAACACACGGAAAGAACCACCCAGGAAUGAACCAUAUCACCGUAAUGUGUAUCCACGCAUUUUAUCAAGUAAUCUAACGGAUACAGACAAAUUGAUAUGGGAAAUAAUAGAAUUGGCUGGGUUAUAA